AACGUGGACCGUCACCCAGCAGCUUUUCGCACCGCGUUGCUGAAAAGAAUUCCGAGGAUUUCCACCGAUAAAAGUGUGUGGGGACGAAUUGGUAAGGCCACGCAGUUGCAGCACCUGGAAUAUUGUGAAAGUAAGAAAUCACUCGUCGUUCCGUGUCCUUUUCGCUGAGCCACCGCGGUCUGCGCGGUCGCGCGGCAAUCGGCAUUUGUGUGUGUGUUCGCGCGUUUGUACAGUGUUUGUAUUGGUGUGCUGCAGGCGCUGAUAUCAAGAACGGCAGGGGAAGGUUUGGCAAAAGAGGAGCACAAAAAAAAGUUUGCGUGCCACCGGGGGUGUUUCGGAUCCUUCUGCUAACUUUCGCCAGAAUCCCGGAACCACUUCGCGGCUAGUCUUGAGCUCAUCAUCCGUUCAGACCCAUCAACUACCAGCUCCGAAGGAGCACAGUGAAGGUUUGGCCUGUUUUGGGAGUUUGUUUAUGCACCGAAAGUUCGACCAGGAAUUUCUGAAUCCGCCGCCAUCAUCUAGUUGUCAUCGCUCCGUCGUCCUUCACCCCUGAACAAACCGAACCGUCUGGCGGAAAUUCAACCCACUAAGGUUCAGCUAACAGGCUUGCUCGAGCAACAACCGCAUCAUGUCGUACCACCCACGUCCUCCAGGGACGACCAUUGUUUCCGCCGGAAUGCAGUACAUAACUCCCCCGAUCGUCCAGCCCCUCAUGCCAGCCCUGAAUCAACCACCUCCAUCCAACAAUCGGGGCGGAAGCUUCCGGUCUGGCGCCACCAUCGGUUCUCGACCUCAGAUGUACAACAACAAACCUCCGCCACAGCCUGAGCCGGUCUACGAUGGACCGAUCGUCACGGUGUUCGUCGGUAACAUCAGUGAAAAGGUGCCCGAUCCCAUGAUUAAGCAGAUCCUGGCUACAUGCGGAUCAGUUAUCAACUGGAAACGGGUAUCGACGUUUGGUUUCUGUGAAUACGAACCGGCCGGUGGCGCACGGGCGGUACGGUUGGUACACGAUCUGGAGGUUGGCGGGAAAAAGCUGGUGGCAAAGGUGGACGCGAAAAACAAAGCAUUGAUCGACUCCUUCCGCGAGGAUGAGAAUAAUGCGGAGAAAACGAAUGAGGCCUCCGAAAAGCGUGGAGACGAUGACGCGCUGGAAGCGAUCAAACAGAUACUGGAGGAUUUUCGCGAAGAAUUGGCCGCGGCCGAACAACAACAGGAGGAACAGCAGGCCAAGCAGAAAAAGAUGCUCCAGACCGUCGAUAUCGAAGACGGAAAGCGGGACAUAAUCAGCAAGGAGAUUGGCAAGUUCCGCAAGUACACAGAAGAGGAAGAGCUUAAGAAGGAGAAGGAGAAGGAGCGCAAGAAGCGCGAAGAGAAGCGUGCCGAGGAGAAGCAGCGAAGAUCGGUUUCGCCUCGAAAGGACAAAAAGGCAGCUUCCGCAGCCCCUCAACCUCCCUCGUCAUCGUCGUCAUCUACUACAUCGAGACGCCGCAGCCGGUCACGUUCGCGUGAUCGGGAGCGCGAUCGUGAGCGUGAGCGGGAGCGCGAGCAACGCGAACGGGAUAAGGAACGUGAACGGGAGAGGGAGCGGGAGCAACGUGAACGGGAGCGAGAACGGGAGCGAGAACGCGAAAGGGAACGUGAUUUGGAGCGACAGCGCGAACGGGAACGUGAGCGUGAUCGGGAAAGAGAACGAGAACGGGAACGGGAGGAAAGCAAGAUAAACCGCAAUCCUCGCGACAUCCAGAAAGAAAAGGAGAUGGAGGAGGAAGCCCGCGAACGUAAGAAGACGGAGAAGAAGGCCCGCGAAAAGGAAGCAGCCUAUCAGGAGCGGCUGCGUAACUGGGAGGCUCGUGAGCGGCGGAAGGCAAAGGAUUACGAGAAGGAACGAGAAAAGGAUCGCUGCAAGGAGGAGGAGCGUGAACGGGAGGCCAAGCGAUUAAAGGAGUUCUUGGAGGAUUACGACGAUGAGCGGGACGAUCCAAAAUACUACAAGGGCCGAGAGUUACAACGACGUUUGUCUGAGCGAGUACGUGAAGCUGACGCCGAUUCGAAGGAUCGUAACAAGGAGCAGGAGGAGCUGGAUGAAUUGAAGAACAAAAUCUUCAGCGGCGAGUACGACAAUCCAACGCUUGAGUUCGAGAAAGCCAAAAAGGAGCGGGAAGAGCUGUACAAACCGAAGAUUCUGAUCGACGUCAAUCUAGAACAGUCGCAGCAACGUGAACGCGAACUAGAGCGAGAGCGUUUGCGAGAGAUCGAACGGCAGCGAGCCAAGGAUCGCGAGCGGGCCAACAAGGAACGAUACGUUCUCGCUCAAGCCUCCCGCGAACUAGCCUCGGUCGACGCGGAGCCCAUCGAGUCGGACUCGAGCGGUGUCCAGGAUAACUUUAGCUCGCCGAUGGGAAGCGCUGCACACAGUACGGCCACCGCUUCCAAUGGUCCCGGUUCCGGGACGGAUGGGCUGGGCAAUAGCAAUCACCACCAUGGUCACCAUCACCAUCAUCAUCACCAUCACCAUCCGCACUCGCACCAUCACCACCAACAAGAUGGCCAUCCACAGCGGAUUGCGGAACAGCGGGUAGCUUCAGCUGGUCAGCAUCCUCCACAUGCGGGUUCUGAAACGCGCGACUCGUUUGGCAUGAUGAGUGGAGGUGUCGCAGGUGGUGGUCUAUUGGACGAUGAAAAUUCGCGGCAUUCGAUACGCUCGAACUCCCAGCAUGGGGUUCCGGAGAGCCCCGACGCGAACAGCAACAGCGGACUUAAUUCGCUUUCGGAUAAAUCAUCACACCAUCCGCACCAUUCGCAACUGCACCACCAUCAUCAUCAGCCUCCGCCGCAGCAGUCGACGGUUGGGCCGACGAUAAGCCUCAAUCUCAAUGUCAACGCAAAGAAGAAAAAGCUCGAAGUGAAGGAUGUCUUUAAUAGCCUGGAUGAUGACACGGAGGAAUCGAACGGACCCAAAAAACGGAAACUUGUUCCACUAGAGUAUGAAGAUGGCAGAGGACAGGGCGACACACCUACCGGUACAGCAAACAGCACCCCGGCUACUGGCUCGGGAACGGGCGGAUCAAAGUCAUCGAAGGGCAAAAAAGGCAACGACGAGCCGCCAAGCCGUGAAUCAAUCAAGUUUCACGAAGAGAAGCGCAAAAAUAUCAAGAGUAUUAUCGACAAGAUACCAACCGAGAAGCAGGAUUUGUUCAGCUAUCCUCUUGAUUGGACCGAAAUCGACGAUACCAUCGAGAAGAAGAUCCGGCCCUGGAUCAAUAAGAAAAUUAUCGAGUACAUUGGCGAACCGGAACCGACGCUGGUGGAUUUCAUCUGUUCGAAAGUGCUGGCCGGUAGCACCCCACAGGGCAUCCUGGACGAUGUGCAGAUGGUGCUAGACGAGGAAGCGGAAGUGUUCGUGGUCAAAAUGUGGCGGCUACUGAUCUACGAGGUGGAGGCCAAAAAGUUUGGAUUAGCGAAGUAAGUGUAGCAGUCUCGUGCUGAGGAAACCUAAUAUGUGUGUGGUCCCAUGACGAGGGAGGGAGAGAGAAAGGAUAGUGUUAAUUUGGAAAUUUGCUAGGGAGAUAACAGCUGAACGAGUGUGUUACAGGAGAACCGAUUGAAACAUACUAGUAACGGUAAUGGUACGCUUUUGAAUAAGGUUCCUUGUUGAACUUCAUUUCGUCGUCUUUUGCGUGGUGAGUUGAGAAAUUCCAACAAAUGGGGCCAUUUCAGGGAUCAUUAUUGAGUAGUAGCUGUGGUAUCGACCGGUUUAACUCAUUUUUGUUUUUAACUUGCCAUGAUUUUUGUUUGUUUACGAUUUUAUACGGAUCAGGAACGUUUGUUGCACAUUACUGAAGCGAAACAAACUCGAACAUCGCAUCGACAAAGAUGCGACAUAAGAUUAUGUCCUUGCAUCUGAAUAUCCGUCUGCAUCGUUAACAAAAACAAGUGAAUCAUUCUACUCUUUAUAACAGGAUAAAUUGAAUAAUAAUCUUCAAUAUUGAUUUGUGUUGUUUCCUCCAUUCUUUCCAUUAUUGAAAAAUAAUCCCUUGACGGCUAUAUACCAGACUGUUACCGCUGAAAUUUCGGUGUAAAGCGCCCGUUCGCAAGCAAACAUCUACUCAGUGAAACGUAAAAGUUUGAAUUAAAAUUGACUAGUACAUGCGAUGAGAUUAUGCGCAAUUGAAAUUUUCAAAUAUUGAACGAGUAACAUCCUAAACAAGCAAAAUCUACGGUAGAUGAACACCACGAACACAGGUCGAUUAUCGAUGAAUGAAGUGGACAGACGCUAGGUGAUCAUGGAAGUGAAUAAAAGGAAAACUACCAAAACCAUUACCAAUUUCCCGAGCAGCGCUAUGAUUAGUAAUACACGGCAGAAUGAAUGCUUUGGGGCGGCGAAGUUGAGCACUGUCUCGCACUAAAAGAGAAAAAAAAUGAUAUAUCAAUGAUCUUAUCUGUUCGAUACUUACUGCUUUUACGCGAUGCUGUCAUUGUUUCGACCUAAUUCG